UUUCUAGAAGUGAUCAUCGAGAUGAGCCCGCCUCAAGAGACUUGCAUUGCGAGAGCGACAGAGGGUGUCCGCAUUCACCGACUGCUUGGGCAAGGAGCAACGCAGCUCCACCUCUCGCCAUCGACGUAUAUAAAUACAGAGUUACGUGUCAGCAUCGGAAACGACCCCCCGGGUCAAUAUCUUUCGCCAUCAGAAAUUUGCCAGAAUUCUGUCCCUUUGGUUCCCGGGUAGACACCACAAAUUUUUCUCCGUUUCCCGAUAGGCUUGUGCGGGUCAUCUCCCUUCUCCUUUGCCCCCCUCCCGAUCGGUAGUCAAUCAAUCAUUUGAGCCCGACCCAUCUCGUGUUCUGCUUUGGACUUCACACUCCCAUCUCCGGUCUCGCCUUCUUUCCCCCCCCUCUCUGGGAGUGAUCGCAGUUGGGUAGGAGCUGAUAUGGCCAAUAGUGGUUUCAAACUUCAACGCUCCUUUGGUCUGUUGUCAACCCGCCCCUGCUUCGUUAUUCUGUCUCUCUAUAUAAAUGAGGCGAGCAGAAGCUGCUCGGAUCAGAGAGAAGUAUCCAGAUAGAAUACCUGUUAUUGUGGAGCGUGCUGACAGAAGCAACGUCUCUGACAUUGAUAAGAGGAAGUACCUUGUCCCUGCUGAUAUAACUGCAGGACAGCUUGUUUAUGUUGUUCGCAAAAGAGUCAAGCUUAAUCCUGAGAAGGCUCUGUUCAUCUUUGUCAAGAACACUCUACCUCCUACUGCUUCCUUGAUGUCUGCGAUAUAUGAGGAAUUCAAGGACGAGGAUGGCUUUCUUUACCUGACUUACAGCGGAGAAAAUUCUUUUGGAUUCCAUGCAGAGUAGCUUGGACGAGUAUAUAUACUUGAAAGUGUAGAUAUUGGUUGAUGCGCUGAUUCAUUAGUUCGUUUUGGCUUAAGAUUCGAGGAGGUAUAAUCUUUUCUGCGUAGUAGUAGUACGGUCUGCUUAAUCUAUUGGUCAGUAUUGCUUGGACUGAUGAAAACUGGACUGGUCUGUUUCCUUUAAAGACAAACCAUAUGUUGCAACCAA